AGCAGAAGGUGGGCUGUUCUUUUUACGUGUCUUAGCACACGUGCUGUGCACAUUGAACUGAUUGAGUCGAUGGACGCAUCAAGUUUCAUCAAUUCCCUGCGUCGAUUCUUCAGUUUGAGAGGGCCUGUUAAGCAGAUUCGAUCCGAUUGUGGGACUAAUUUUGUCGGUGCUUGCCGGGAGCUAGGUUUCACACUGACAGACCCCGACAUGUCAAGCAUUAAAACAUACCUGGGAGAAGAGGGAUGCACCUGGAUCUUUAAUCCACCUCACUCUUCUCAUAUGGGAGGAAGCUGGGAACGUAUGAUAGGGUUGUCCCGACGUAUCCUGGAUGCAAUGCUUCUCCAAACCACGCACUCUCACUUGACACAUGAGGUGCUUUCCACUCUAAUGGCAGAGGUAACAGCCAUCAUUAAUGCUAGACCUUUGUCUCCUAUCACAACAGAUCCUGACACACCCUUCCUGUUGACGCCUUCCAUGCUUCUCACUCAGAAGGUGUGCACUCCUCUUCCCCCUCCGGGAAGUUUUAUUGAGAAAGAUCUCCAUCGACAGCAGUGGAGGCAAGUUCAACACCUUGCAAACACAUUUUGGACCAGAUGGAGACGGGAGUACUUAGGGACACUGCAAAGCCGGAACAAGUGGCAACGUAACCAUGCAAACCUCAAGGUGGGAGAUUUGGUGCUCAUCAAAGACGCACAAGUGAGGCGCAAUGAAUGGCCAAUGGGACUUGUCAACCAGAUCUUCCCGGAUAAGGAUGGCAGGGUCAGGAAGAUUGAAGUGAGGGUCUCAAGAAAUGGAACUAUUAAUACUUACCUGAGACCUGUGUCAGAGACAGUGUUAUUGAUGUCCCCAAAGGACUGAGAAGUAUGUGUGUCAUGAUGGUAAACAUUGUAUUCAGAUAUAAUCUGUAAAAUCUUGCAGUUUAUGAUGUUUCAGUUGGUUCAUAAUGGUAUUUUACAAUACCAGACGGGGAGUGUUAUGACAUGCAUAGGUUCUUUCUCUUCAGCACCCUCUGCUGGUCAUAGUGGGAAUAAUCGCCAGCUUUUAUUUUGGUGGGGUUUUUCUGUGUUCCCGUGAGUAGAGGAAACAGGAAGCUGGUCGCUUGUUAGCCUGCAGAAUAUGUUGUUGCUCUUUAAAACGUUUCUGCCUUGGAGAGUUAUUGCUUUUUUACGGGAAGAAAAGGAUGUCAUUCAUUGAACUACUGACGAAGUAAAAAGCCUUAAACUUACUUCCGCCUCCAAUGUUCAUUGAAACCGUUAGCUGUCUGUCAAGUUGGGCAAAGGGACGCACAAUAAGGACAGAACAUUUGUGCUCCUGUUGUUUUAUUCUGAAGCUGAUCACAGUGGCAUCUGGAUCGCUGUGGGUAUGUUUCACAUCUUAUAUGAAAUGUGGAGG